AGAAACAAUUAACGUGGAAAAAGAAACAAAAUAGUUUUGUCAUAUUUAAAGCUGUGGAUCAGACUUGAGACUCUAUCUGAAGCAUGUCGUGGAGGUGCAGUGUCCCUGGAUGUGGGAAACGCAAACAGGCCAAAGUUAAAGGCGUCGUUUUUCACCGUUUCCCUGAAAAAGACUUGGAGCUUUGCAGUAAAUGGUUAGCGGCUAUCGGGAAGGUUGUAAACAAAACGGAGAAGAAAUACGCGUCUUUACGAGUGUGUAGUCAACAUUUCAGACCUGACGACUAUGAGAGGGAUUUAAAGGCUGAAUUACUGGGAUGUCCACCAAAAAAGGUUUUAAAGAAAACAGCAAUUCCGACUUUAUUCCAGACAAAACGCAAGCCGGGUAGAAGACCUUCUCAGAUCCAUAAUAAAAGUCAACCUGAGGUAAAGGUUUCUUCUGGAAAGGAAAAUGCACCUGCUCUUCACUUGACAUGUUCUGAGGUUGAAGAAAUAUCAUGGCGUAAAGCUAUUAGGAGGCUUCAGACUCCUCAAGGAUCUAACAUUUUCAAGAGUCGCGAGGUGUUGGUGAACACACAGUGUUUGCUGGAGCUCUUCCAGUUCUGCUGGCUUUGUCAUAAAGAGUGUUGUAUUACCAUUGAGGGCAGUGAGAGGCUGUUUUCAGUCACACAAGACUGUCAGAGCUGCAGCUACCACAGAGACUGGAGGAGUCACCCGCCUUCAGACGACACUACGCCGACCGUUCAUACUGAGAUACAACAUACAGGGAAGCAUGAAGAGAUGGUGGUACAGACUGGAUCUACAAGUAACAAGUGCAGUGAGCAGAGCCAAGAACAAGAGCUCACCGAAGAGGGUGGGUCAUACUUAUCUAGUAACGAUGAAGACACAAACCUGCAGGAAGAGGAAGUAAAAAAGAAAAUAAAGAUGUCUAAAAUGAAAGACAGUUCAGACGAACAGGAACUAGAUUUAGACGAAGAGGCCACAGACUCUGAUGUGACCAUGGAUGAAGACAUGUUCACAGCUUUAAAGGAGGACUGUCAGGGUAAACUUGUGGUGUGGUGUACACCAUGUGGGGCCGAGGCCUCGCUCUCUUGUUCUGUCCUUCGACACAAGAAAGUCUACUGCUGUGCUCAGUGCGGUGCAGGUGACGAUAUUGAAACACAUUCUGUUCGGUUUGAUGAUGUCGCUGGUUUUCAGAAACAUGCAGAACAGGAGCACGGAUCCAAACCGUUUUAUAUACUGUGUCAGGACUGUGGUAAGUUUGUCAUAGCAAAAAAAGAGCAUGUAUGUGAGCAUAAAAUCAAAUUCAUCAUUUGUCCAGAGUGCGGAAAAAGGUUCCUCACUGAGGGCGGCCUAAAGACACACUACACUCAGCUCCAUUCGGAUUAUGAUCACCCGUGUAAAUACUGUCUAAAGGUCUUCAAAACCAGGUCAACAAAACUGGAGCAUGAGCAGACUCAUCCUAAAGAAAAUCAACCGUACAGGUGUCCGGACUGUUCAGAGAAGUUUGACAAUAUUCACAAAAGAAAUAACCAUGUUAAGUCGCACCGAGGACCACAUAAAUAUGUGUGUGAUGUUUGUGAGAAAGGCUUCAGGGAUAUUAACAGGCUAAGGAGACAUAAGCUAAUUCAUUCUGGAGAAAAGCCUUUUAAAUGUCAAGUAUGUGAGCGUUCCUUUAACCGAAUGGAAAAUCUUGGUGCUCACAUGCGUGUCCACACUGGAGAGAGACCUUUUGUGUGUGAGGAGUGUGGAGAGUCGUUCAGUCACAACGUCAGCCUGAAGAACCACAAGCAGAGACGCCAUGACUCAGGUUUGACUCAGGAAAAAGAAGUGCUUAAUGAUGUACAGAAUAAGGGGAUGAGUGCAGCAGUGGGAGCUCCAUAGUAACGCUCUGACUGCCUUAAUAUAAAAUGCAUCACAUUGGGCGGCAAUGGAGAACAUUUUUUAGGUUCUCUCUGACUUUAGUCCAGGCAGAAAACAGGAACAGUAUCCUUCGAAAGAAACUGUUAACGAGUCUGAUUUAUAUCAGCAGAUCAUGUGAGACAUUUUGGAAGUUACAGAUUUUGAUGCUCUCUUUGUUGUCACUGACUUAAUGAUAUCCAAAGAGGCUGUACUGUGUACCAUCAUAACAAAAGUUUUAUCCCUGAAGACUCCUGCAGUGUCUUUGUAAAGCAGGCACUUAAAUAAACAAUAAGCAGAAUUACUUAACUUCAUCUGUUUCCUUUACUAGUAACAAGUCACAUGGUUAUUCGUAUAGCUUCACAUUUUUGACUGCACAACAGUAUCUAGAGCGAACAACCAUCAUUGCAGAUAUGAGGAAGGACAAUGCUUAAAAUGUUUGCAAAUUCCCCACAGGAUGUCCAAAAUAUUCUCUAUACACAAGGGAAAAAUUAAUCCUUUUUAACAUCCUCUACAUUGCUAUUUCUCUGUAAACACACAUGAAGUCAUGUCUCACGCUUAUGAAGAACUGUUGAUCUUUUUCUCAUGCACCAUGGCCUUCUUUUACCAAAGUCAUUCUUAAAGACUGUGAAAUAUAGGAAAAUAUAUAAUACAUGUAUAAACAAAGGGUAACCUGUUGUAAGACAUGAAAGAUUGUAUGCACCCAGAUUCCACUCCCAAGAUACACAUCGGAAAGAACUUAAUGAACUAAUGAAUAAACGUGAUUAAAUUGUUAGUAUGGGAGCGGCAGCAGGACAUCGAGGAUCGCCACUAACAAGGGGUCUAUGUGACUGUGAUUACCAUUUAAAGUGACCAUUUGGGUGAUAACUGUAACAAUACCAAUCCAAGGUGUACUUGACCAUGAUUAACAUUUAAAGACAUCCUACUAGACGACAAUGUGUGACCCAGGCAUUUUGGAGAUACUCAGUUCUUACACUGAACCUCAUUUAAACUACAAAGACUGAAAACAGUAUAAAAUGCUUACAUUUACAGCAUUUAGCAGACGCCCUUAUCCAGAGCGAGUUACAUUUUAUCUUGUUUUUUUUUCAUACAACAUGAGCAAUUGAGGGUUAAGGGCCUUGUUCAGGGGCCCAGCAGUGGCAGCUUGGUGGUUGUGGGAAUUGCACUCAACCUUCUGAUUGGUAGCCCAACACCUUAAGCACUAGGCUACCACAUCCCCUGCAGAAAUGCUUGAGAAGGAUUUGUCCUGUGUGUUUUCCUUGACUCUGAUGAACCCAAAGUAUUUCACGUGUUUUGUUACUGCUAUGUUGGAAUAAACUUCUUGUUCUUCAUUAA